CUCCUUUUAUCUUUCGUAACUUUUAAUUUUGUGGCUACAUUGGAUUUAUACCACAUAGUAAACUGUAAUAUUGUUAUAUUUUUUGCUUUGUUUAAUAUACGUGAAGACAUGAUGUCCCUUCGUAAGAGGAUGAACCUUGGGAAGAAGGUAGCACCAAGUGGCACUCAUCGCCUUGGGGUUAUGCCUCCCAGAACAUACAGACCCGGAAGAGCUAAUUGGGAUUCACAUAUGACAAGGCUGUUCUUACAGCUAGCCAUAAAGGAGAUUGAAGCUGAGGGUAAGGGAAUGACACAACUUUCCAACAAUUCGCUGCACAACAUUGCUGCAAAGAUUAGCGCUAGGACUGGAGAAGUGAUCAAUCUCAAACAAUGUAAGAAUCAGUAUGGCGUCUUAAAGCGGGAUUGGCAGGCAUGGAUAUUACUGGCUGAUUCUAGAAAAGGUGCAACAGGCCUGGGUAUGAAUCCAGUCACGGGUACUUUUACAACACCUGACCAUUUUUGGGCUAACCUAAUUGCGCAAAAUGAAUCUGUGGCAAAGUUCCGCGACCAUCCGUUGGAGCAUGAGGAGUUGAUGCAAAGGGUAUUCGAAGAAGUUAUAGCCACUGGCUCAGUACAAUGCACUUUGGGAGCGAAGGGGGAGCUUGGUAUGUUUGCAGAUGGUUGUCGAGCUUUGACUACCGACAAUGACGACCGGACUGAUACGGAUGGUGAGGGCAACAUGGUUGGAAUAGAAAGCGGAGAGGAAAUUGGUAGUGAAUAUACAAGCACAACCCCUGAACAUGGUAGGGGAACCCCCUUUUGCAGUCAACAAGGUACUAGCAACCCCGUUUUCCCUCAAUAUGGUGGUACAACCAAUCCUUUUUCCCCUCAACAUGGCAACCAUAGCAGCCCAUUUUUUCCUCACCAUGGUGGCACAAACACCCCUCCUUUCCCUCACCAUGCUGCCACAAACACCCCCCAUUUCCGUCAACAUCUUAGAACAAGUCCCCCACCUUUCCCUCAACAUGUACAUGGUACACACACCACCCCUUUUUGGAACCUUGGUAUAACAAGUACCCUCCCUUGCCCUCAACCCGAAAUCAGAUGCUCCCCCCCUUUAUCUGAACAUAGUACAAACACCCCCCCUUUUUUGAGAGCUAUGCCCAUAUAUCCCGGUUACAACUCAAGUGGAACGGAACAGAAAAGCACGUCAAGCAGGACAGAUGCUCUCUCGCAGUCCAUGACUAACAUUUUGGAAACCAUGAUUUCGAGGCAGAAUCAGUACAGAUCCGUGAUUAAGCACGGAUGUAACAUGGUGGACAUAAUGAAGAUCCUUGGUCAAAUGGAGUAUUUCCAACAAGAACCCGUUCCCCCGGUCUAUUGGUGGCUUGUUGACUGCUUGUCCAAUGAUCCCAUGAAGAUGGAUGUGUUCUAUGGCUUGCGAAAUGAUGAACAGAGGAUUGCUUUCGCUCAACGGGAGCAUACAAAGGCAAUGUUAGCACAAUCAUGCGAACAAGGCAACCCAACUGAGACUCUCCCUCCUUGGCACCCGCCCCCUCAGAUUUAAAUAUUUCAUUAUUGGAAACAUUAGCACCUAUGUUUG